AUGGCGCGGAAUGGAUCAGCUCGCAGGCUGCAAAGGUUCAUGAUGCAGUUCUUGGAAGUGGUGAUAGACGCCAGCGAGGACGAGCUUGAGGACUUUCGCGAUGAGGCUUUGAACCCAAUGACCAUCAUCGCGUGGCUCCAUGAGGCCUGGCGCGGACUGCGGAAUGGAAUAAAGAAAAAGGGCGUCGCCAGGUCCAUCCCAUCGAUCAUCCUCAUGUUGGCCUGCCCCGUCCUGAUACCUCUCGCCUGGCUCGCCGCCUUUUUGGGAUACUUGCUUCUGAGUUCCCCCACCGUCAUCGGGUUUCUAAAGAGGGUUUUGGCCUACCUGGAACGGAGGACCAAGAAGAAACAGGAUAUCGCAUUCCGAGACAAGUUCUUCCUACCUAUCCCAAAGGCAUCUGGGGAACACAAGCAAAAGGCGGCCAGUGAAUCGCUGGCCCAUCGGACGGACAAGUUCUUCUUACUUCCCCCUGAGCUUCGCUAUCAGAUUCUGGACGAUGCCUUCGGUGGGCGGACCUUACAUAUGAGCCUGGAGUAUCAGUACCCAUUUUAUAUGGCCAUGUUUGAAAGAUAUGACGAUCCACGGUUUGGCUGCCAUGCUAAGAUCGAACGCCUGGUCACAGUCAAAGACUCCCACCUGCGGACAAAGGAACCUAAGCAGUGGGUAUGGUUCGGGUGCGUGUGCCAUCGUUCCUCAUGCCAUGCAUCCAGGACUGCUCGAUAUCUGGAUAAGUUCGGUGAUAUCAACGGGAUUGUAUCUCGAGACAGUGACGCCCCAUGCGAGCCUAAAGAUGACAGGUGUCUAGAGGGCAUCGCUCGUUGUAAGGAAUGGCCGGGAAUAUGGCCAGAGAAGUGUCAGAUUGGGAUUCUCGGAUGGCUCCUCACCUGCCGGCAAGCGUACUUCGAGGGCUCCAGUGUGCUGUAUAGAAACAACACUAUCAAUAUUGCCUCGCCUGCCCUUCAUCGAAGUAUUCAAGAUGUCCUACCUCAGCAAGCCCUGUGUAACAUGACUUCACUUGAAUUCGUCUGGGAUCUGGACCGUGUCCCUCUUGACGAGGCUUUCAGAACUGCGUCAAAGAAGAGAGCCCGAGAACACUCUUCACCUCUCUUUCCAUCCAUGACCAACCUUCGAGUUGCCUUUUCAAAGAGUUCUCGCGACGCUAGCUCUCUCGGGCUUGACAGACACGACAUGCACUGGACCGAAAUCAAGAAAGCCCUCCUCGGGCAGCUAUUUCCUAUGGUUGAUGACUUUCUCGAAAGAGUUGUUCCUAGUACAACAGAUGUGGUGAUAUCCUGUCCAUCAUGGAGCUGGUAUUCGGCUAUUGACCUAAUUCUCAUCGAUAAACAAGGUAAAGAUGUCUCUAUGGCGCAACACUCAAGCUUUGGAGGUACCAAAUUCUGGAGACAGUCCCCUAGGCACGAGGUGACCUCACCUCAGACUAGGGAUGUUCAAACUCUGGAAGAGGGGACGCAAUCAGAAACCUUACGAACUGGUUUCUGGAUUCAUACUUCUGACAGGCAAAUACGCCAUGCCUCGCGGGGAGCCAAUGAGACUCAAGUAUCCCAUCAUCCGAAUCAUCUACAACCUGUAUUUUCAUCCUCUGGCAAGGUUCCCGGCCCAACCGCAUGGUCGGCGUCAAGGCUCCCGUUUGUCUUUGCGCUUCUUAGAGGAACCAUUGUGCACGACUUCCAAGAUCUCCAUCGUCGAUACGGGCCAGUUUUGCGGACCGCGCCGGACGAAGUUACUUUUGCCCAGCCAGAUGCAUGGGCAGAUAUCUUCCAGCUGAGGCCCGGUCACCAACAGUUUCUCAAGGACCCAAUCUGGUGGAAGCGACAGCCGGGCAAGCCUGAUUCCCUCAUCAGCGCGAUUGACCCAGAGUCGCACGCUCGGGUUCGCAGGGCACUCGCUCCCGCAUUCACUACACGCGCCUUGCGCUCUCAAGAGCAUGUCCUCUACCGAUACGUCAACCUUCUGGUUGAGCGGCUUCAAGAAACAGUCAAGGCACGGCCCCAGGAAGCUGAGCACGCAGUGGUGGACAUGUCGCCAUGGUUCAACUUCACCACAUUUGAUAUCUUUGGAGACCUAGGCUACGGUGAGUCCUUUGAUUGUCUACAGAAUUCCCGAUACCACCCAUGGAUCUCACUUCUAUUCAACAGCGUCAAGGCUGCUUCUUACGUAGCAGCGGCGCGCUAUUAUCCCGUAGUCGAGUAUCUACUUCUCAAAUGCAUCCCGGCAUCGCUUCGCAAAAUGGCGGAUGAUCACUACCGACAAAUUGUGGACAAGGUCGAUCGGCGUUUCAACUGGGAGCUGGACCGCCCGGACAUCAUGUCGCAUGUGAUGAAGGUCAAGGAUGAGCCAGAAGGGAUGACCACCGAUCAGAUCUACGCGACAUUCAUGGUUUUGACAACAGCGGGGAGUGAAACAACUGCCACGGUCUUGUCGGGGACUCUGAAUUACUUGACUGCCAACCAGGACAAGCUUCGUAAGCUGGAAUCCGAGAUAUUGCGUGCCUUCCAAAGUCGAGACGAGAUCAAACUAGACACUCUAAAGGACCUGGCUUAUCUCAAUGCUGUCAUCCGCGAGGGCCUUCGGCUCUGUCCUCCGAUCCCCUGGAUGCUUCCGAGGCAGGUACCACCACCUGGAGAUACCGUCUGUGGUGUUUGGCUGCCCGGAGGGACUUCUGUAUCGAUCCAAGCAUACACGAUGAACCGAGACCCUCGCUGCUUCCAUUUACCUACUAGCUUCGUUCCUGAGCGAUGGCUCCCCGAGGCUCUCACCGACAAUAACUCUGUAUUUUAUAAAGACCAGCGUCACGGCCUCCAGCCCUUCAGUGUGGGACCUCGCAACUGCAUGGGUCAACAUCUGGCCAUGGCUGAGAUGAGACUCAUCUUGGCAAGCCUUGUAUGGACAUUUGGGUUUCAGUCGGCAGGCCCGCAGCUGCGCUGGGAGGAUCUGAGGACGUUCUUACUGGUGGAGAAGAAGCCAGUCAACGUGCGGAUGAAACUGAGAGAUCGUUCAUUGAGGCCGUCGCCUGCGUAG